CGGAGACCGAUGAGGUCGGAGUAGUGUACCCGGAAAGCUGCUGUCUGCCGCUCAAAGAAAAACGCUAUGAGGGUUUCCAGUUAGUUAAUUGCAGGCAGCUGGAUCUCACCAUCGCUUCGUCCUUAUCAGGCCUCAUUUGCAGUGUCAGAUGAAUAAUGGGUCAGGAAGCCGGCAAGUCCGCUUGGCCCAAACCCGCCGGCGGGUAUCAGACGAUCACCGGGAGGCGCUACGGCAGGAGACACGCGUACGUCAGCUUCAGGCCCACCCAGGCGCGGCGGCAGGCGGAGCUGACAGACGGGCCCUCGGCCUGGCAGGGCAUGGAAAUGGACCCGGUCCGCGGAGGGAAGCCGCUAACUUCAAAGGGGAGCAUCUCAUCCGUGCUGCAGGCAAUCUUCCCGGUGAGCCCCAAUUCCGUUCACCCGGAAGAAGAUGCAAAGGGAGACGUGUUUAAGAUGAAGCGGGCUGGCUGCGUGGCGCCACCAUGUGGCCGAGGCAGGGACUGUGAGCCCAUGCCGUUGCCGAAACUGGGGGAGAUCUCGGAUGCCCGUGGGUGGCCCAUGCCCAGUGAAGGCGAUGUAUGCAGCUCCAGCGCACUGAGCUUUGUGAACACUGAACCUCACAAGGCACACAGUAGUGACAGCGAUGAGGAAGCUGGCUCAGACUUGCCACUGAAACAGCUGGAUAAAGAGUUUGACCAACCUAAUGCUUUUCACUCUGCUCAGCAAACUCCCUCAUGGGGGGGCAGGGGGCCAUCACCCAGACUUGGGGCCUUCCAGAGAGAUGCUGAGUUCCUCUGUCAGGACGGACCCAGUUUUCAUAGUAGAAUCUCAGCAGAUGAGGACAGGGACUCUUGGGCUGCUGUUCUGGGGGAUGCAGAGACAUGUGGGUCCCCAGUUGGCUGUGACUGUGACCCAGAGAUGACCCCUACAGAGAUGGUGGUCCGGCCAAAGAUCCGCAAGCAGACUGAUGAGAACCCAAAGGAGAGGAGGAGGAUCCCCCCAGGAGGGGAGACCAGGUGUGGGUCCAUGCCGCCGAAGGAAAGCCCAGAAAACUUCCCUGUUUACGAUCCUCAGACUGCUGGAACCAAGAGUGGCAUGUGGCAGAGGACAGAGGCAGAUGCGUCAGGUGGGACAGACGAGGAUGACAUCUGGGAGGAUCUGGAGGAUUAUGGCUACAAGCAGGGUGCCUUCCGGAAGGGAGAUGACAGCUCCCAGUGCAGCGAGGGGGAGCUCUCUGCCUCUUGGACAUCCGCCUCCAGCGCUGAGAAGGAGCCCUCCUCGGAGAAUGAGAGCUGGGAGACGCUGCCGGGCUUCGAGUCCGAGCCAGAGGGCCGGAGCGAUGGCAGCAGCUUGGAUGACGUGCCGGAGCUGAGGCUUGUCUCGCCGGACCAAUCAGCACUGGAGGAAGGUGAGCUCCCCUGGCCUCCGUACCACGAGGGGGCAGCGAGCAGCAGUAGCAGUAGCAGCAGUGACGAGGAGGCCGAUGCCCCCAGCCGCUUCGUUCACCCGGGGCUCUUUAUGCUCGACGGGAACAACAACUUGGAGGAUGACUCCAGUGUGAGCGAGGAUCUGGACGCGGAGUGGAGGCGGCUCGAUGACCUAGGGGACGGCUUUGGCAUGGCACAGGCCAUCUCCUUCGUGGAUCCACAGCUGCUGACAUACAUGGCUCUGGAGGAGCGGCUGGCACAGGCCAUGGAGGUGGCUUUGGCGCACCUGGAGUCCCUGGCGAUGGACGUGGAGCCAGCUCACCCACCCGCCAGUGACGACGUCAUCGACUGCCUGCCCCCCAUCACUGUGAUGGAGGACUGUCACGGCAAAGAGCAGUGCUGCGCCAUCUGCUGCAGCGAGUACGUCAAAGAUGAGAUUGUGACGGAGCUGCCGUGCCGGCACGCGUUUCACCGGAGGUGCGUGACGCUGUGGCUGCAGAAGUCGGGAACUUGUCCUGUGUGUCGGCACGUCCUGACGCCUGGCCCUCCAGCAGCCCCGGUCCAAACAUCCUUUGUGUCUGAUCACGAGGCGCCGCCAUCGGACCACAGCACGGCAGGGACACGAUGAACGACCCAUUCUAAGCUACUCCUGCUCAUUAAGUGACAGAACGCAAAAGAUUUGCUGGCUUCUGUGAAUUACUGAGACUGACGUUAACAAAGAAACAGGGACAUGUCCUUUUUUAGAGGACCCAAACGAAUCAGCCUGCACAGCUUUUAUUUUUAUAGAGUAAAUGGAAUUACAGAACAUACUGUAGACAUUCUUCCAAAAUUGUAUCAGUCAUACAAAUGUGAAAAAUAACAAACUUAAACUGAUUCUACUGCACUGAACUACACAGCAGGAUCAGACCAACCACUCUGUAUUUAAUGUGCUAAACUGUCUGUAGACCAGUGCACUGCUUAUUAUGUAACAUUAUUCUACUAAUUUACUAAGUGAUUCUGGCUUCAGUGUGAAAUGAAGGCUUUAGAUCGUUAUUUCUGGCCAGUUUGGGGCAUGAAUACAUUUUUAUGUUGUUGGAUCGGUUUUGCUGUCUGGUGGCUGUACUGUAGUUUCGUCUGGUGUGGGAGUGUGUAGUGAAGUGACUGUCUGACCAAGGACUCGUUUGGGGAAAGCGUGCUUCCGCUGGAAGACAAAUGUGCCACACGUGAUUGCUGAAUGCCCCCAAGCUUCCUCCAGUAUUAUCUUCAGACUUACAAUUGUAAAGAUACAACGGAUCAAACUUACGAAGCUGUGUGUGACUCCUGUUACGGUUUUUACAGUAACCGUUAAUCGAUACCCUGGAUUUGGUUCUGUUUCAGAUUUCGGCACAGCUCCACCGUCUGGCAGUGUAUUGCGCUGUUUUUAGGCUAUGCCUGGCUGUACACACACUUGCCUUGACUUGUUUCAUAAAAACGUCACAAGAAAUAGGCCUGAACAAGGAGGACUGGUUUCUUGUGGUCUUAGCACUUGGGGGGGGUGUAUAUAAUUUGUAAAGUGCUAAGCAGUGGAAUAAAAAAAUGCAACCACGUAAUGCAAGCCUAUCUGCCUUUUUGUCAGGUGCAUGGAUUGUACAGUGUGUUUAAAAAAAAAAAAAAGUCUUGCAUUCCAAAAUGUUAACUCUUAAGACAUCGCCAUAUUUGUGUUUAAUGCAUACUCAUUAAUAACUAGUCUACAACUGCAGUAAGUGUCGUAUUUUUUUUUUCAGUAACUGUAAAUGUUCUCAUUUUUUACAAAUAAGCAUGACCAGUUAAUUUGUCAUUUCCACAGCCUGUUUCCUGAACCUGAACAUUAAUAAAUGGAACAAAGCUUGUAUUUUUAUGUUAAAAUGCAGAUGGUUUCCUUUAAAUAUUUACCCUCAUGCUCAUUAAAACCUCUUUGGUCGUAAUUAAAAUGUAUUGCUAAAUUAAAAUUAAGGCUCAAUAUGUUGACCUCUGUAUAGAAUCACAGCGUGUAUACGGUAAGUGAAUUGUAGCGAUACGCUAUUUGUGUAAGAGGGGUCUGGCAUUGAGGUACUUAAUUUCAUGCAUGGUUCCUUAAGGCCACACCCAGACAGUCUAUAGCCAAAAUGAAUCACAGCUAUAUUU